AUGUAUAUAAUUAUUACAUUAGGAAUUAGUCUAUCAUUAUGCUUUAUUAUUCAACUAACUAAACUCAACCCUGGCAAAAAGUUAUUUCUUUUAGAUAUAUUUUUGAUAGUGUUAGUGGGAAUGAUUGUUUAUGAUGAAUCUAUUUACAAAUUUGAUGAUUUUGCAGAGUAAUUAUAGAUUGCAUUCUAAAAAUAAUAUCCUGUUGAAUACAAAUUGGAUGAAUUGAUAACAAAAAACAACUUAUAAGAUCAUUCUUUUCAUUUAUAUUACGGGAUGCAUUCAGAAGGAAUUUCAACUUUCUUUCAAUUCAUGAUUAAUAAAUCAUUAAAAGAAAAGAAAUAAGCAAUUUAUAUUGACAUUCAAUCGGAAGUUUAAACACAAGAGCAAGCCUUAUAACUAUUUAAAGCUCCUAAUAUGAAUGAAUUGAUUCUUUUUACAAAAUUGAAACCAACGUUAAUAGCAGUUGAUAAUCUAGAUUUAUCAUUAACUAAAAAAUAUUGCUAUAUUUGUUAAAUAUUAAGCAAUUUGCAUCAAUCUAAUUAAACUACAAUUAUUGCAAGCACAAAAAAUCUAAAAAAAAUUAAUUUAAUAUUAGAUGAUUAUAAUAUUAAUGUAAUGGAGAUAAAGUAAUUUUAAAAUGGAAAAUAAAACAAUUUUAGGUUUGAUUGGUAUGAAAUAUCAGAACAAAAGAAUAAAAGAUAUGAAGGUAAAAUAAAUACAACUUAUUUUAGAUUUUGUAGCAUAAAAAUAAAAAGAGUUUAUUUCAGAACUUAGUGAAGAUGAAUUGGGUUUGAUGAAAGUAAUUCGAAAUUUGAUGUGCUAAAUUAGAUGUGAAAAUUAAGAAAUCAGAAUGGAUGAUAUGUAUCUAUGAGUUUAAAUUUUAGAACUUAUUAAUUUAGAGAUUUAAAGAAUUUGAUUGAUAAAAAUAUUGUAAUAGCGAUUUUUGGAUAAUUGAAAUUUUAUAAUAGCUUUAUAUUUGAUUCAUUAUAAAAUUUAUGA